AUGUAAAAACAAAAACAAAAACAAUUCAUCAGAUGCCAAAAUGCAAAAGGAAGAAAAGAGAAAAAAAUACUGAGUAAGGGAGCCAGUUAUGGAAAUGCCUCAAGAGUUAAAAAAAAAAGGGUGCAAAAUCCAAAGAAGAAAGGACUCAGAAAGAAAGUUAAAUUUUAAGAAUUAUAAGAACCUUCCAGGAAUCAAGGGUCAAGAUCAUGUGACUAGACCCAUAAGACAAGGGACGAACCCAAAGUUUUAGGUUCUUUUCUCUCUCUCUCUCUCUUUCUCUCUAUAUCUCAAAACUCCUUUUUGACUACUAGUCUUUUUCUUCCUUUGUCUGAAUUAUCCAAAUCCAAAACCCACUUGUGUUUUUUUCACACAAAGAUCAUAUUUUUUUUGUGCACUUUGAUGUGAUUUCUUUCUGGGUGUUCUAAAGCUGCUACACUACCCCUUUUGUGACAACCACCAACAAAAUCUACAUACACCAUUAUUAUUAUUAUUAUUAUUGUUAUUAUUUUGCAAUGAUAGUUUUCAGAGAUAGAGAAAAAACAAGAAGGUUUUCAUCUCCAAGCAGAGUUGCAAUCUUCUUCUUUUGGGUCAUCUUAGUUUUUUCUCUUGUAACUUUCUUUUUGUCUAUUCACAAUGAAAGCGCCGCCGCCGUCGCUGCUGUCCAAAACAGGAGCCGGAAUAGAAGUAGAAGUAGAAGCAGACAUUCAAUAAAGCCUUCACCACCACCGUCGUUGCCGCCACAACUACAAGGAUCUUUAAGAGAUCAUAGUUUCAGCAGGGUGUUGUUCCAUGCACCAUUAUCAUCGUUUACAACUACCGUCAUGAAAACCAAAAAUGGUUACUCACAACAACAUAGUAGUGUUGUUUAUGAGGAUGACAAAAGAAUAAUUCACACAGGUCCAAAUCCUCUUCACAACUAAUUAAUUGGAGCCGUAGAUAGCCGAGUCAAAUCAAAUUCACGAAAUAAUUUUAUCUAUGAGAGAAGUUUGGAAUGGCAACAAGGUCAUCAAUCAAUUCCAUAUUAAUGCAUGGUAGUUAAUUAUUCAAGUUCAUAUAUCAAUGUAAUUUAAUAUGUGUUAUUAUUUAUCUUCAUUUUUUUUUUUCAUCUUAAUACAUUUUAGGAUUUCAGAAGAAUGAGAGCAUAGCCUUAGCCUUUUUCAGUUGGAAGCAAAAGGGUACUAUUAUUGUAAAGAGUGAAGAGAGGGGAAAACUGAAGAGGCUAGUGUUAAUGCUCUCGAUUCUUUUUUUCUUUUUUCUGCCUCCUUCAGUUGUGAAUUAUUGCUUAUUGGUAAGUCUUAAUUUUAUUCAUCUACUCUUCUUCUUUUUGUUCUUGGCCACACAAUAAUAUUUAAUUUACUGUACGUGAAUAUUU